AUGAAGACCUCCAUGAUUAUCGCUCUCCCCUUUCUUGUCCUUGCCUCCGCCGCUCCAGCAAAGCUUGAUGAGCGACAGCCCGUUGAGGUUUCCAAGGUCGUUUCCAAGGUCGAAUCCAUCGUCAAAUGUGACGCAAAGAUAGUCAGGUCUAUCCACGUCUGUUUCCCCGACAUUGUCGCGGGCGACCCUGUUGGCCUGACAGAGAUCGAAACAUGUAUGGAGAAGCUCUCAAAGUCCAGUGGUCGGGCUGUUCGCUUGGAGUCUAUCCCUUGUAUCUAUUAG